AUGCCUGAUGGUUUGGAUUUUCUUCAUCAACGCUAUUUCUACAGCGGAGUGACCCGGCCCGGCCCCGGGGUGUCCGAAUUCAUGGCCGUGGACCACGUGGACGAUGUGCAGUUCAUCAGGUUUGACGGCGACCAGGGUCGGGGCCGGGCUGGAUCCGGGACAACGAGGGACAGGAAUACUGUGGCUCAUUGGAAAGAUCCCUACCAACAUUAUCAUUAUUACCUGGACCGCGACACACAGGGCACCAAGGUCAUGGCGCAGACUUUCCGCUGGAACUUGCAGAACAUCCCGGACUACUACAACCAGAGCAAGGAGGGGUCUCACUCCCUUCAGCCGAUGUACGGCUGCCAGCUGCGGGAGGACAUCGCCACCGGCUACGGGUUCGGGCACUACGGCUACGACGGGCGGGACUACAUCGCGCUGGACAGGGCCACGCGGAGCUGGACGGCGGCAGACGCCAGGGCCCUCAACACCAAGCGCCAGCGGGAGGCCGACGGGACCAUCGCGGAGCGAGCCAAGGCCUAUCUGGAGGGCGAGUGCAUCGAGUGGCUCCGGAGAUAUCUGCGGUUCGCGGGGCCCAGCCUCACCCGGGAAGGUAGCGCCCGCUCGACCACCUCUGCCCUCCACCAACCCUCACACGACAAAGCUCGCUGUGGGCAGGGAAUGUGUCUGUUACAUCGUCAUUCAUUCAUUCAAUCGUAUUUAUUGAGCGCUUACCGUGUGGAGGACACUGUACUGUUGUGUUGUCGUGUUGAACUCUCCCGAGUGCUUAGAAUGCUGGGCCCCUCCUGGGGGGGUCUCUCUGGGGACAGAACACCUGUCCUGACCCCGGUCUCCCCCACAGAUCCCCCCUCGGUGCGGGUGACCCGUCACCUCGGCCCCGAGGGGGACGAGGUCACCCUGCGGUGGCGGGCCUUUGGCUUCUAUCCGGCAGACAUUAGAUUUAAGUGGGAGCGGGAAGGGGAAGACAUGAGCCAGAAAAUGGAGUACAUGGACACACGGCUCAGAGGAGAUGGCAAAUUCCAGAAAUGGGCAUCGCUCAGAGUACCCCAAGAAGAGGAGCAGAAAUACGUGUGCGUCGUGGAUCAUGUCGGCCUGGCCCCGCCCUUUGCCGUGCGCUGGGGUAAGGGGCAGAAGUUCAGGGGAGCGGAGAGCUCUAGGGGCUUCAGGGUGUUUGAGGUCCAGGCUGAAGCCGGGGGCCCGGCCAUCCUCCAUGAGGAGGGGUCUAGGGCACCAGAAGCCACUGUGGGCGGUGCGGGGGGUCGUGGCCUCACUCCUGGGGUGAUCUUUGCCCUCUUUUUCCAGUUUCAGGUUCAUCCUCACCCAUCAGGCUCAUCGUGGGGGCUGUCGUCACUGUUCUCCUCAUCACCACGACCCUGGUCGGGGUCGUCUUCUGGAGGAAGAGGGGAGCAGGAAUCAGGCAGCGGGAAAGGCUGGAAGUCCGGUGGUUCGGUGUGA